AUGAGAGCAGCCACUGUGCUGCCUGGUUACCAGUGCAUUAAUGACUGGAGAGUUCACAGUGACAAUCUGCCUUCCCUCGCUCUCUCCUCCCAGGGGUACUGGGUGUUUUUUUUGGUGGAAGGAAAUGGACCUUUCUCUUCCAUCUACAAAGCCCUGCAGGUCAUCGACUUCUACCUUGGCUUCAUCUUACCCUUCCACCCGAUUUUUGGAAUGGACUCUAUGGUGUUGAUGAGGGAGGUUGUGAACACCAAACAGGACAACUGGAUUUUCCAUGGAACUGCAGGCAUCGGUGUGGCCAUCUGUGUCAUCAUGGUCAUCCACAUGGUGUGUAAGUGGCGUUACGGCACUGGCUUGUGGUCGUCGAGAACAGUGUUGCAGGACAUUGGUGACCGACGUCAGUCUGUGAGCCGCCAACCCUCCUUCACCCUGUCAGAGUGGACGGAUGCUCAGGAGGAUCUGCUGGACAUGGACCCUGUGCCGCAGACGCCCGUCUUUGACGUGGGCACUGACGCGAAGACGGAGGGAGACGCCGCCACCCUCACUGUCACAUCAGUGGGGCUUCAGGAGAGGAGGGGCUCCAACGUUUCGCUGACCUUGGACAUGUGUACACCAGGCUGCACUGAGCCCUAUGGCUACGGAGCCCAGCUCUCCCCCAGAGACCAGACGGCGAAGGAGUACCUCCGACAGGGAACACACAGCCUGACCCCUGCCAUGCUACACACACGGGCCAUGGAUGACCAGAGCCUGCAGGCUGAGUUUUAUGAAACUCCCAUGAACUUUGUGGACCCUAAGGAGUACAACUACCCAGGGCUGGUGAGAAAGAACCGCUACAAAACCAUCUUACCCAAUACACACAGCAGAGUGAUCUUGAAGUCACAGGAUGAAGACGAUUUCCUCACCACUUACAUCAAUGCCAAUUAUCUCAAAGGCUAUGGGGAUGAGGACUGUGCAUACAUUGCCACCCAGGGUCCCACCGUGAACACUGUGGGAGACUUCUGGAGGAUGGUGUGGCAGGAGAGAAGCCCAAUAAUAGUGAUGAUCACCAACCUGGAGGAAAAAAAUGAGAAAUGUGCAGAGUACUGGCCCGAGGACAGUGUGACCCAUGAGGGCAUCGAGAUCACCCUUGUCACCGUAACCCAGGAGGAUGACUACAGUCUGAGGGUGUUUACUUUGAAGUGUGGGGGAGAGGAGCGCAGUCUGCGGCAGUACUGGUACACCUCGUGGCCUGAUCAGAAGACUCCAGACAAGGCUCCACCUCUUCUGGAACUGGUGCAGGAAGUGGAAAUGGCCCGAGAGGAAGCCCCGCCCUCCAGUGGCCCUAUAAUUGUCCACUGCAGUGCUGGAAUUGGUCGAACUGGCUGCUUUAUCGCCACCUCCAUCCUGUGCAAGCAGCUGAGGACUGAGGGUGUGGUUGACAUCCUGAGAACCACCUGCCAGCUCCGUCUGGACAGGGGUGGGAUGAUCCAGACGAGCGAGCAGUACCAGUUUGUGCAUCAUGUCCUCAGCCUGUAUGAGAAGCAGCUGUCUCACACUGCUGAGGAGUAGAGUGAGCGCCACAGCCACACCCACACCCCAGACCGAGACACACCACUGUACACUGUACCGCCUCUGGUGGUAUACACCACUGUACCUAGCAUCAUCUCAAUCUCACCCUUUAACAAAUUCAAACCAUGCUAAUCUCCUCACCCUAGACAGGCUCGCUCAGACAGGACUGAAUGGGUUGACGUGAAAUCUGUGCGUACUGUAUGUCUUUGAGCAGAACAAACAAACAAAAAAGGUGGGAUUGGAGAUAGACCCCAGAAAUCCUGAUCAGACACUUAAGUGUCAUUGAUCCCCACAGUCCUGGAGAGUCGUAACAGUCAGGGCCCCAAAAUAAUCCAUGCCCGCACUCCUGACAUCAUUUCAUUUGCAAUGCUGAGGUUUUUUUUUUCUUUUCUUUUAUCAUGUUACUGUUAAAGGGGUCAAACUCGAUAUUCAGAAUAUUUAUUAUAUAGCAGCAAACAACUAUUUGCUAUGUUAAGACAUAGACGAGUAAUGGCGUCCUGAGCAGAGAAUGAAGUCACACUCGCCUGAGCGCCUUGUGUGUCGGUAUUAGACGCCGAGGCCCGUGACAAAGCGUCAGUAUUUGACGAGUUGGGGAACGGUCUGUGAGAGCCGUGUGAAGGCAAUCCCAGACAACUUUUUUUCUGAAUAUUGAUUACAGCCACUUUAAUGAGUCUUAGUCAUCAAGGCUUCAUUUAGUAGCCUACUUAGGCCCCUCACAUACUGUAUGUACAGUUUUAAAAGGUUAAACUGGAACUGAAGUAUAAUCAGAUCACCUUCAGCACUGUCAGUUUGCUGUAAGGAUUAAAUCCAAGGUCCAUUUCACAAAGUUAGUGUCAAUAAUACUGUAAGGGCCUUUUACAGUAUAAGUGCCAGCAUAAUUAAAACCUACAGAAAUUAUCAAAUGCCAGCCUAAUAUUAAACAUUGUAUAGAUGUAAAAGUGCACAUGAAACAUAAGCUAACUAACAUAUUUUUUCAUCGACUCUCUUGACUCUCACUUUUAAUGUACAAAAUCCUUACAGAAGGCCUGUUUCAACUUUUGAUGCAUUCAGGGGCCACCUCAUCUUCAGGUUGCAUGGUGCUAAGUGUUCAUUAAAGGCAUGUGCAAUGUUAUGGAACAUAGGAAUGUAUAACAAUUAGGUUAUUAAUUAACUAAUUAGGAUUUCUGUGCAAUCUACAUUAUUACAGUUUUACCAUGCUGCCUGUGCAGUCCUCAUGGCCCAUGAUGUUUACAGUAAACAACUCCUACAUUAAGGCCACGUACACUCAGAGGCGUCACAGAGCCGGCGACACUGAGGGGACAGAGGCCAGAAAUAGAAUCAGACCGUCAGAAAAAUCAAUACAAAGCCCAAUCAAAGCUCUGGAAAUUCUGACAUGUACACACAGGGAAAUGUAAUGCACAGGAAAGCAAAGAAAGACCACCAUAAAUUGAUGAUGGAUGGUCACAUACAGCUAAUCUUCUUGUAAGUGUUCCAUUACUAUCAUGAUCGCCCUCAGAGUUACAUGCUCCGUGAUGCCUCUGCUUUCAACAGUAGCUUGACCACAUCCGUGAAGUAAGAAGCCCAUGAUUGUUGUAUAGACAGGCCAGGCCUAAUCUGUAUGAAGCACAAUAGACCAACUAUGGUUGUCUCUGAUGUUCAGCUGUAAAAGUUCUCUUUUUUUCCCCGUAUUGUGUUUUGAUUGUGUUGAGUUUAAUGGAUUGCAUGUGCUGUAUGGGACUCCAUAGGUCCACAAUCAAAGCGACGUGAUUGGUUGUCCUGCUUUUUGUUGCGUAAAAGGGUUUAAGCCUAUUAUAUUGCUUGCUCUCGGCCAAUGCUUUUGAUACAGUUUGCUUUUGUGAAACCAACCAGAGAUAUUUUUAGAACAUUUUGAUACAAUCCUUUCGAGUAGAUGCCUUGUGUAUAUUUCCGUUUACACCAUGAUGGAAUGUAGCUCAUACUGUGGAUCAAACCAUCGGUUUAUAUUGCAAGAUUUGACAGAACAAAAUGUGACAACUACCUAAGUUACCUUACAGUACAGAAAAUAAAUAGAUUAUGUUCAGUCUUCAGUAUUAUUACUUUAUGCCUUUAGGCUUUGCUUUAGUAUGCUUUGCUUUCUGUGUAUGUUUUUAUCGUUUUUCUUGGAGAAUUUUACCUCAGACUGAGUUUUUACGCAGUCCCCACUCGAUUCCAUCUGUGACUCUAGGCCACCUCGCAGUUGACAACACGAGAAAUAAUUGCUAUGUGUAAGGCAGCUAAAACAGUGAAGACAAUUUUCUAUGUAACACAAAUCACAAACAAAACAACUUCUAUCUUGACUCAAUGCAUCAGAUCAACAGUCAUGAACAUUAUCAGAAGAUGGAGUCAACCGUGUGGCCUCGGACCAAUUUAUAAAGAUAAAAUCAUUUAGCAAAUUAAACUGCCAAAUUUACAGGAAAAUAGGACUGGGAUUUAUAAGAAAAGCUACAAUCUGUUGUCAGACUUUUGACAUAAUCCUCUGAUAAUGUCCAGUGUACUCGACUGAAACGGUUUUAUUUUUAAGUGCUUGUUUUCAAUGCUUACCUGGUCCUCCUCUGAUGAUCAAAAUGGGGAUGAUGAAAUAGCCAAACAGUCAGACAUAUACAACCAACCAGCAAUCAGUAUUCCUCUCCCCUGCUACAGUAUUGCUCUAAGUUGUGAGUUUUUGCAUCUAAAUAAAGGUAGAUUUUCAUGAAUC